AUGGCAUCUCCAGAUGGAGUGAGAGAGCCAGGGGCUCCGGGGAGGAGGAAGCACAGCCACCACCAACUUGGAACUGUCAGCGGCGUCUUCAUCCCAGUCUGCCUCAAUAUCCUCAGCAUCCUCAUGUAUUUGAGAUUCGGCGUCAUCCUUGGUCAGGUCGGCUUUGUAGGAAUCCUAGGCUUGUUGUUUAUUGCCUAUCUAGUCAACUUUCUGACCUUAUUUUCCUUAUCAGCCAUCGCAUCCAACGGAGAGGUCAAGGGAGGAGGCCCAUACUAUCUCAUUUCUCGCUCUCUUGGCCCCGAGUUUGGUGGUUCCAUCGGAUUGCUUUUCUUCCUUGCUCAGGUUCUCAAUGCAGCUUUGAACAUCGUGGGUUUCAUUGACUGCAUAAGGCUUAAUCUUAGCCCCAAUUUCCCUCCGGGGUAUUGGGCUGGAUAUGGCUUACAGACAGCUACCCUGGUGUUUUGUACGGUCUUGUGCGCGUCUGGCGCGAAUGCCUUUUCCAAAGCUUCCAACGGCCUCGUCUUGAUCCUUACCCUUUCAGUGGUUAGCAUUCCUGUGUCGGCCAUCUUCAAAAAGCCUUUCCGAGACGAUAACCUCGGUGUUCAUUUCACUGGCAUUAAUGUAGAAACCUUGACGAGCAAUUUCCUACCUCAUACAAGCAGUCCACAUUACCAAGGUCUCGCAACGUUCCGAGAUCUCUUCGGGAUCCUCUUUCCGGCUACCGGUGGUAUUCUGGCGGGUGCUUCAAUGUCUGGAGAUUUGAGAAAUCCCAGUAAAGCCAUCCCCAAGGGUACGCUAUGGGGAACUCUCUGCACCUUCAUCGUCUACUUCACAGUUAUCCUCUCCUUAGCCGCCAGCACAACCCAUUCGUCGCUCUUAGCCAACACCAAUGUGCUUUCUAUCACAAGCCUGGCCUCACCUCUCAUCUUCGCUGGAGAGUGCUCGGUUACCUUGUUUUCGGCGUUGAUGGGGGUCAAAAGCGCUGCCGGUUUGCUUCGGGCUCUUGCCAAGGACAAGUUACUCCCAGGACUGUCGAUCUUCGGUAAGAGCCUCUCCAGAGGAAAUGUGCCCAUCGUGGCGCUUUUGCUUGUCCAUUUUAUCGCCCAGGUAGCCCUCCUUGCCGAAUUGAAUCACAUUGCAACACUCAUUUCCAUCGGUUUCCAGAUGACCUUCCUGAUAAUGAACCUUGCUUGUUUCUUCCUGAAAGUUGGCUCAGCACCGAACUUCCGACCCCGAUUCAAGUUCUUCAGCUGGCAAACAGCGGCCCUAGGAAGCUUAUCUACGACGGCUUCGAUGUUCUUCAUCGAUGAGACUUGGGCUGCUCUUGCUAUUUGCGUCUUGAUUGCCUUGUUUAGUCUUAUUCACUAUCUUUGUCCGCCCAAACGUUGGGGAGAUGUGUCCCAAAACCUCAUAUACCAUCAAGCAAGGAAAUAUCUUUUGCGGUUGAAACCUGAACAUAUCAAGUUCUGGCGGCCUCAUAUCAUUCUCCUUGUGAACAACCCCCGAAAGCAGAUGCGGCUGAUCAGGUUUUGCAACUCCCUGAAAAAAGGCUCUCUGUAUAUAUUGGGGCAUGUCAUUGUGACGGAUGAUUUCAAUUCAGGCGUCCACGAAGCGAAGCUCCAACAACAAGCCUGGACGAAUUACAUAUUGGAGUUCUCUCGGAUCAAGGCCUUUGUGCAACUGACCAUGUCGCCCUCUAUAACUUGGGGGGUUCGGAACCUAAUCCUCUCAGCUGGCCUAGGAGGUAUGCGACCCAAUAUCGCCAUUAUCGGCUUCUACAACAUGGACGACCUUCGGCGUUCUGACCCUUCUGUUCCCGUUCCCGAUAUACCUACAUCUAUUGCCUCUAAAAUGAACAAUCCACCGAAAGCAGAAGGUAAACGGCCCAAGAAUGGAUAUCGUGACACCCCAACUCGUUUACUGGAGGGAACUCUACCCACAGAUGCGAUGCGUGCGGAAAAGAUGAUGACCCCAAUGGAGUAUAUGACUAUUGUUGAGGAUUUGGCUCUUCGUUAUCGACUCAACACGGCGGUGGGAUAUGGGUUUGAAAAUAUCGAAACGCCACUCAAGGCUGGCAAAAGUACGAAGAAGUACAUCGAUCUAUGGCCAAUCCAGAUGUCCGCUGAAAUCACAUCUGAAGGCAAGAAUAUUCUCACGACCAAUUUUGACACCUAUACUCUAAUUCUACAGCUUGGUCAUAUUCUGAGAACUGUUCGCGCUUGGAAACAGACAUACAAGCUUCGAGUAAUGGUUUUCGUCGAGUGGGAGAGUGAAGUGGAAGCCGAGGGGACUCGAGUCAGAGAACUUCUGGACAAGCUUCGAAUUGAGGCAACAGUAGUCGUGUUGUGGCUGGCUUCUGGUCACCUCAACACCUACGAACUCAUUGUUUUCGGGCAAUCUCAUGAUAUAGAUUGUGAGAUCAUGGUUAAUGAGGCUUUGCGUGAUGAGCAGUGGUGGGAUGAUAUUCAGAUGUUCCGGGGACAGUAUGAUGACAUCUCUCCAACGCGAGAACGAGCCCAAUUCGCGCACAUUUUGGAUUCUACGUCUGGGCGGCCAGGAGGUUACAAUCCCCAUGAGAAACGCGCCAAACCUCGCCGUCGUGCCAGUGUAGCUGAUCUUUUAGGCAUGGCCAACGCUCAGAACGUAGGGAACCUGACAAAGCUGGGGGCCAAUAUGGGCAUACACACGAAUCACCUUGAUCAUGAUAUCAUGGGUGAUGACAGUUCCGGAGCUAGCUCUGAGGCCGAUGACGAAUACGAUGACUUAGGUGAGAGCUCCGAGCCUGAUUAUAGCGAUUAUGAUCAUGCUGGCCCUCGACGCCAGCUUAAACGUCGGCACUCGUUCGAUCCAGAAAGUCAGCCACUUUUAUUCGGGCCUACUAGCAAUAGAGGGCGUUUGAGAAGCAGAAUUAUUCCAGAAGAGCCUGAGAUUGAGCCAUAUGAACGCCCAGCUUAUGGCACUCUAUCAACAGCUCCAACACAGACAGCCAGCAUCGCGCACAGGCCAUAUCCAAAGGAAACCUCCAUCGCCACCAGAAGAGACCUGGAAGCAUUUGGGACUCAGAUUAAGCCGCUCGCUCUAAAUGAAGCCCAAUCCUCCGCCGGCCCUGGUCUUCAAUCUAGUGCACAUGACAGAGAAGGUUCUCAGAGCCCUACAACAACAAGAUCAGGCACCACAACUCCACGUGGUGGAAGAAUUACUCCUACUAGGUCAGAAACAUCCAGGCAGUCUUCUGUGGCUCGAUCUUCGACCCGACCAAAUCUACCGCUGAACUCUUCUCUAUACAAAGAGGUGUUCAAGUCUGGGUCUUCAGCAGCCACAGCAUUUCUCCACCAAGAUAAUGCAUCACGACCCUCUCCCUCGAGACAAUCAUCGUAUACACAGGCAAAAUUUUCGUGUCGUCCGACCCCAGCUACCAAAGUCAUUGGGGAUGAUGUCAGUCCUGGGAUGAUCACAUUCGCUGAACAACCUGCAUACGAGCCUCCACCCUCGCGACUACACUCACGUACUCAGUCUCGCCAAAACUCACGUCCCCAUUCCCGUCAGCCCUCACGAGCCCAUUCUCGACAAAACUCACGAAACGACAAUCCCUACGAAGGCGACAUAAGUGUCGACAUCUCGAGUCUUCUUGAAUCCACAGACGUUGUCGAUCAUGCCCAAACAGCAGAGCAAGGCCCCGUAAAUGAGAGCAGUUCAGGCUUCUCGGGGCAAAGCGAAGUAGCGCUUUCAUUCAACGACUUGCCUAGCAAAGCACAGCAUCUCAUCAUCAACGAGCUCAUGCGGAGACACUCGCGAGACACCGCGGUCCUCCUCACGACACUACCGAUCCCAGCCGAGGGGACGAGUCAGGAUGAACUCGCCACCAUCCAGUAUCUAUCGAAUAUCGAAUUACUCUGUAACGAGUUGCCACCCACCUUGAUGGUGCUGAGCAACAACAUGACCGUUACCAUUAGUUUAUAA